UUGCGUCAUCAAUGCGCGUAGCACGUGAGCGCCGGCUGUGGAGACCGCCCUUUCGUCAUUGUCGGUCGGCCGCAAGCAGGUGAAAAUGGAGGAAUAUGCUCGAGAACCUUGUCCCUGGCGGAUAGUGGAUGAUUGUGGAGGUGCAUUCACAAUGGGAGCUAUUGGUGGCAGCAUCUUCCAUGCAGUUAAAGGCUUCCGUAAUUCUCCUGUGGGCAUAAGUCAUAGAAUGCGAGGUAGCUUGACAGCAAUAAAAACCAGAGCACCACAGCUUGGAGGCAGCUUCGCAGUAUGGGGUGGUCUGUUCUCUAUGAUUGACUGUGGUUUAGUGAAGGUCAGAGGGAAAGAGGACCCCUGGAACUCAAUCACCAGUGGUGCCAUGACUGGGGCGAUACUGGCAGCAAGAAAUGGUCCAGUAGCGAUGGUUGGGUCAGCUGCUAUGGGUGGUAUCUUACUAGCACUCAUAGAGGGUGCUGGUAUUCUUUUAACAAGAUUUGCAUCUUCACAGUUUCAAACUGCACCACAGUUUGCUGAGGAACCCACUCAGAUGCCUUCACCAUCUUUUGGAGACUUCAGGCAAUAUCAGUAAAGGAUUUAGGGGACUGUUUAGUUCAUUUUUUUUUAAAUUAAAUUAUGGACUUGCAUUUUUGGACACUGGCAUGCCUUGAAGCAAUUAAAAAAAAAAAAAUUAAAAUUGAGACAACUACUUCUGGAUCGUGGAUGUGGGUCACUCACCUGAAGACCUGCAUGCUUGUGGCUUGCUGUAUGCGUCACAUUCAAUUCCAUUAGCAAGAACAUUUCCCGUCAUUUGCCUGAAAUACUCCUGACAAUCUGUUAUGGUCAACAGCUUUGCAGAAUUGUAGACUAAAACCCUUUUUAUUUUUUUAAUUGGUUAAUUAGCACUUUUGAAGCUAUUAAAAUAAUUUUAGUAACCUUAGCAUGUUCCACUUACAGUACUAUAGAACACAUUUAUCAUCGUUAGUCAUAAUGCAAGUGAUUAAAUUCUAACUGUGCAUAGUAAUUUCUAAAACUAGACAAUGGCAGGCAAUGACCUAAACACUAGCUGUUCUUUAGUUUAGAUUUGAUUACACGUCUUACCAAGCUUCGAUGUUUUUAGAGUGGAGUUCUGUUUUGUGGCCAUUGCUGACUGAGUAGACCCAGCUAACUCGCAACCUAAUGAAUACAUAGAAUGAAAAAAAUAGUUGCAUCAUCUUCUGGAAAGUUUACAGUUUGUUCUCUUUUUAGAAGGUCACAUUAAUUUUUUCAGUGAAUAACAGACGUAUGUACCCGAGAGACAAUGUGGACCAGACACGUACUAGAAGUUAAGGAAUUGCAUUUUUGAAAGUGCAAAACUAUGGACCCAGAGCCUUGAAUUUCACAUCAGAGUCAGAUGCUUCAUAAAGACCACCAACAUGUCGAGCCUGUACAGCUGAAUGUGUAUCUGCUAAAAACUGCCACACAAAGUUCCAGAACACCAAGUAGGCCAACUGCAGAUAUCUUGACAGUUUACGUGGGAGUAUGCUGUGGAGGUGGGCGUUCUGAAUUGUGGAUGUAGAGCUUUACAUUUGAGGAAGUCUGCAGGGGAUUACGUGGUCAAAGUAUUUGGACCUAAGGUUGAACAUCUUAUGUAUUUGGAUACCAUAAUGUGAGAUUUGAAUGAAUACUCAAAAAUAUAUUACUUUUUAUAAAAAUGAA